CUCCGCUUCUGCGAAAGGAAUUAGCGGCUGCUGCUUAGAAUAUCAUUCCAUCUUUUAGGAUUAUCGACCCCCGAACAAUGCAAACUAGAAGAUCAGCCCGGGGACAGGGAAAGUGCAAUUACUGACAGUGAAGGAACUCCGUGUCUUCUAUAAUAACCGGGAUGUGGGCUGUGCGACAAUGUGAAUCCCGCAGUUGAAACCUGGAGAUCAUAGCAAUGGAUUUCUUUAUGUGUUUAUAAAGGCAUGUGGGAAUGAAGAGCGUUCACGUUUAUCACCAUUUGCACAUUUUCAUCAUGGAUUUUUUCUUUUCGUACUCGACUAAAGGCAUCAACAACAUUGGAGGAAUCUUGAAAUAAUUAUGAAUACAUGCAGGUAAUUCUGAUUUAUCCACUACCUCAGAUCGUCAACAUUUGAUUAAUUAUGGGCGUCCCCAAGAAUGGUUUAAACGGCGCCCGGCACACGGGAAAGUUUCUUGGCGAAAGCCCUCUCAGCGAACAUCAAAAGGACAAUAUUUGCAUGAGAUUCAUUUGAAGAAGUAAGAGCGAAGAAUUUCGUUCCCAGCUUUUGAAAGGUUAGUGAACUGCAGUCCCGGGGUCGUAACUAUAGCGUACGCUUGGCGUGUUCGUUGGAAUUAAAAAAAUAAUAAUAUUCGACACCUCUUUCGAUAUUCGAUUGGAAUAUUCCCAACUUACAGGACGUCAAGUCAGAAAUGAAGGAGAAGUCCAAGAAUGCAGCGAAGACAAGACGGGAAAAAGAAAAUGGAGAAUUUUACGAACUGGCGAAAUUAUUGCCACUACCAUCGGCCAUCACUUCGCAGCUGGAUAAAGCCUCCAUCAUCCGACUGACCACCAGUUACUUGAAGAUGAGGGCCGUCUUCCCCGAUGGUCUUGGAGAGGCCUGGGGGCAUCCCACCCGCGUCAGCCCCCUGGACAACAUGGCAAGAGAGCUGGGGUCCCAUCUCCUUCAGACCCUGGAUGGCUUCGUGUUCGUGGUGGCCUCAGACGGCAAGAUCAUGUACAUCUCAGAAACAGCUUCCGUCCAUCUGGGUUUGUCACAGGUGGAGCUGACGGGAAAUAGCAUCUUUGAGUACAUCCACCCUUCGGACCAUGACGAGAUGACUGCGGUUCUGAGUGCCCACCAGCCCCUCCACCCGCAUGUCUUACAAGAAUACGAGCUGGAGCGUUCCUUCUUCCUGCGGAUGAAGUGUGUGUUGGCCAAGAGGAAUGCGGGACUCACCUGUGGAGGUUACAAGGUGAUCCACUGCAGCGGCUACCUGAAGAUCCGGCAGUUCGUGGUGGACAUGGCGCUCUAUGACUCCUGCUACCAGAUCGUGGGGCUGGUGGCAGUGGGCCACUCGUUGCCCCCCAGCGGCAUCACAGAGAUCAAGCUGCACAGCAACAUGUUCAUGUUCCGUGCCAGCCUGGAUCUCAAGCUUAUCUUCCUGGACUCACGGGUGGCAGAGCUGACAGGCCACGAGCCGCAGGACCUGAUAGAGAAGACCUUGUACCACCACGUGCACGGCUGUGACGUGUUCCACCUGCGAUACGCACAUCAUCUGCUGCUGGUGAAAGGUCAGGUGACCACCAAGUACUACCGGCUACUCUCCAAGCAUGGCGGCUGGGUGUGGGUGCAGAGCUACGCCACCAUCGUCCACAACAGCCGCUCAUCGCGGCCGCACUGCAUCGUCAGCGUCAACUACGUCCUGACAGAUGUUGAGUACAAGGACCUGCAGCUCUCGCAGGACCAGAGCAGCGGUGCCAAGCCAGGUCUGGCUUUCAAGAGCAGCCUGGCUUCACCUCAGGACUCCCGCAAGCAGCUCAAAGCCAAAGCCAUCAAGAUUAAGACCAAACUGAAGAGCGCCCCCUAUCCCCAGCCAAACAGCUCGUUCAAUCAGGACAAAACAGAGCGCCCCCCGCAGGCCUGGAGCUGGAAGGAGAGCCCCCCAUACAGCCUGACCCCCUGCCAGGAGCAGAGUCCCACGCCAGAGGCUGGGGGCGAGGUGCUCUGCAGUGCCCCUUAUGGUCUGGCCUUCCCCUAUGCGUACAGUCACUUUGCCGCGGAACCAGCCGCGCUGGUCGGUCGGAAGCCGCGGCCGGGACAGAGCCCCCCCUGCCAGCUCCUGGGCCCACUGCAGCCACACGGCGAAGGGCGGUGGGGCUGCACCAAUGCCCGCUCUGCCAAGCCCCUGCAUGGGCAGGCGCUGAGCAGCUCCCCCCUCCCCCACACCGCCACGUAUGCAGGGCCCCUGGCAGGCCGGAGGUACAUCAGCGACCCCACCCUCGAAGACUACACCGGCUGUGCCCCCUGCAGACCCAACAGUAGGUUCAAAGAGGAGCCCUUUGACCGCAGCGCACUACACCAGAGCAAGGCGGAGGCCGGGCUGCACAUGGCUAAGGGUGACGCCAAGAGCCCUGUGGGGGCUGCCGAGAAGGCCCCCCCUGGGUCCCUCAGUGGCUCCCUGCUGGACAGGGCCAGCUGUGAACACCUGAAGCCCCUGCAGGGCCUGGGCGCCCACCUGCCCAUGCAGGUCAUGCUGGAGCAGAGGCGGAGGCUCUGCCUGAUGGAUUCACAGUAUGGCCACCUGGGGGCGCCGCAUGCAGACAGCAACGGGGACCGGGAGACUCCCGAGCUCAUGGAGCAGCCACAGGGGGGUGCAGGUCGGGCUGAGGAGGAGCAGAGGUCAGGCUUUGCGGGGGUGGGCAUUCCGAGCCAGGCCCCGUACGUGUCCCUCAACUUCCACCAUGUGCUGGCCAAGCACGGCUCCUUGCAGGGGACACCCUACACACUGGCGGGGCACCUAGCCGACAGCUACAGCUACCGGGGAGAGGAGAUCAACCCUUAUGCUUACAGGGGCCAAAGUCCCCCCUCCUCACCGGAGACCCACAGGGAGAUCCCCCAUUACAUCGGCACCUCCGUCAUCAUAUCCAAUGAGAGGUGACACCCCCGGGACUCACAGGACACAAAGCGCACCCCCUUAUAAGGAGAAAAAAAAAGUCUCCCAGAGGUGCCAGGACUGACGACAGAUCAGACAAUGCAGGACGUCCCACGGAGAUUCCAAGCGGACACCCAGCUCUCAGACUGGCACGCCAGUAUUGCGUAGCUACAAAGGGAACAAACUCUAAUUUCAGGGGUUUUUGUUUUUUUGGCCUGAAUACAUUAUAUUUUUGCAAAUUAUUUAGCAGUUAAUAUAUCAGUGUCACGCCCUAGUUCUAACAGACUGUUUUGUAAUAGACAGACAAUUAAAAAAUUACAAAUAAAAUAAACAUUCCAGUAAACACUCCUUUAAGAUCCUUGGUGAAAGAGGGUAUGUGGCAGAGAAACUCUGGCUGAACUGUCUCUCUGAAUUAAAGCGUGAUUUGUUACGGGCCUUAUUGACGCGGGAACGAGCAGGUAUACUUAGCAUUUUCGUACAGGAUCGAUUCCUUUCUUACCAGAGGUGGGAAGGUUGCGGUAAACUUCCUGCGACUACUGCAAAUUUUUUUUUUUUUAAAGUUUGUUGCACCUUGCAUGCUGGACUCUCAGUACCCUUGCUGUAUUGCAGCCGUUCCGCCACCUUAUCAGCAAAUCGAGCUGCUGAAUGAAGUAAAUCGCAAACACAACACAACCGUGGAAACAAUCCCCUGUUCUCCACAUAAAGCUGUACUAAACCCACCAAGUGUUUUUUUUAUUUUAUAUUGUUUUGUAUUUCCACAUUCAUUUAAAUAAACCCCAAGUUUAGUAGCCGUUUUGUACAUCAUUUCUAAAACAUGCUUUAUUUUUUGAUGGCAAAUCAUGAAAGAAACAGCGGAUGAGGAUAAUGACUAACGCUGAUGCUAACAGCAUUAACCCGACCCAGAAGCUGCAGUUUUUCCCCCAAGUCAUGAUACUUUUACUUCACCAUCACAGAGCAAAACCCAGGAGUACUCUCAGGUUGAAAACAACAAACAUAUGUAUUUAUUCUUGUAUGGCACUUAGCAGUUUGCUAAUUGAUGAUUGUUAACGUGCAUAAUAAAGGAUACAUGACCUGGUUAUGAAGAGGAUGGAAGUUAAAUACCUCUGCACCACAAACUUCAAUA